AUGGCAUCCGAGAAUGCAUAUCAAAGUGAUAUCGAUAGUUUUCGAUUUCACUUAAUCGAUUAUCUUGUCUUUGGCUCCAUGCUACUUUUUAGUACAUUAGUUGGCGUUUAUUUUGGCUACUUCAGCAAAAGUAAAAAAUCUCAAAGCAAGUCAUCGUCGUCAACACGUCACAGCGAUAACAAAUACGAUGAAAAACUUCGCGGAGACUUCGGUUCAAAGUCCAUGCUUGAAUAUCUUUUGGGCAGUAGAAAGUUGAAAUCUUUUCCAGUGGCAAUGUCACUUGUUGCGUCAUAUAUAAGCGGUGUUACAGUUCUAGGAACGCCGGCUGAAAUAUAUAAUUAUGGUACACAAUAUUGGUUAAUUGUUGUAGCAAUUUUCUUCAUGGCAUUUGUUGUUGCUUACGUCUAUUUGCCAGUCUUUUGUUCUCUCAAAGUCGGCAGUUCUUAUGAGUACCUUGAGUUACGAUUUAAUUCACAUGUGAGAUCGAUUGCAAGUAUAAUGUUCGUAAUUGAUGAGCUCCUUUUCCUGCCGAUCAUAAUUUACGUCCCUGCACUAGCUAUGAAUCAAGUAUCAGGAAUGGAUAUACAUCUAAUUGGUGCAAUUGUUUGCAUAAUUUGUGUCUUUUACACAUUAGUUGGAGGAAUCAAAGCUGUAGUUCAUACAGAUGCAUGGCAAAUUAUUAUCAUGUUCAUUUCUGUGGUCGUUGUAACAAUUAUUGGAACUGUUCAUCUUGGUGGACCAUCAGUUGUAUUUGAUAGGGCAAUGCAAGGUGGAAGAAUCGAAUUUCUAAAUCUGAACCCAUCACCUUAUGAACGUCAAACAUUUUGGGCUGUUUUGAUCGGAGGAUUUUGCUAUUGGACUAGUUUUAAUUCUGUAAAUCAAACUAUGGUUCAGCGUUACAUGUCACUGCCAAAUAUGAAGAAGGCACGUUUGGCUAUUGCUAUAUUUACUGUUGGAAUCAUUUGCUUUGUAUCUGUUUGCUGUUAUGCUGGUCUUUUAAUAUAUGCCAAAUAUUGGAAAUGUGAUCCAUUGACUAGUGAUAUGGUGAAGCGAGAUGAUCAACUUUUUGCAAUUUAUGUGAUGGAAACUGUUGGUGAAUGGAAAGGUGUUGCUGGAUUAUUCAUUGCUGGUGUUUUUGGAGCAGCUUUAAGCUCAUUAUCAGUUGUAUUAAAUUCAACGGCUGCUGUUUUAUUAGAAGACAUCCUUAAAGGAUGCUUUAAAAUGAGACCAAGUGAGAAGGCAGCUGCAAUUUUUGUCAAGGUAUCAAUUUUAGUUCUUGGUGCAAUCACGAUGGGAUUUCUAUUUAUUGUUGAGAAACUUGGUGGCAUACUUGGAGUGGCUACAUCAUUGACUGCUAUUGCAGCAGGUACUACAUUUGGAAUAUUCACUUUAGGUAUGUUAAAUCCUUAUUCGACAUCAAUUGGCGCAAUUUUCGGUGCAAUAUCUGGCGCUGCUUUAUCAGGUUGGGUUUCACUUGGAUCACAAAUUGCUACAGCUAGUGGCAAAGUUGUAGCACCAAAAUUACCGGUAUCAGUUGAAGAAUGUCCUGUUGGAAAUUUAACAGGAAUAAUUUUUCCUGAUAUUCCUGAACAGUCAACUGUGUUUCCAUUAUACAGACUCAGCUAUCAUUGGAUUAAUCCAAUCGGAAUUAUAACUGUUGUGACUGUUGGUUCUUUAGUCAGUUACUUUACCGGACCACAAAGAUUAGAUAAAGUGGAUCCUGAACUUAUUUCACCAGUCAUUCAUCGGUUCUUGCCUGACGAAUGCUUUCCAAAUUAUGGAAUAAGCAGUAAAAAUAUGCGCAGCAAAGAAAAUAUUCAGUUAAAUAAUAGUACUUCAUUUGAAGACGAUGAGAAUGUUAUUCAGAGAUGA